GACACCGUGAUCUAUUUAGCCAUCAAGUCCACGAAUGAUUGCAUCCAGUUACAACAACAUCUCCUUAAUCUGGAAAAGUGGGUAUCGGAUUGGAAGAUGGAGUUCAUCUUACACAUCACAGGAAAGUGUCAUCCGUAAGUUCAUGUCUAUAAGCUUAAAGGGCAAGUCUUGGACCCUCAGCAUUCUGUCAAAUACCUUGGUGUCUACCUAUCCGACGACCUCCGCUGGAACGAACAUAUUAAAACCAUCUCCAAUAAAGCUAACAAAACUCUUGGCUUUCUAAAGCGGAACUUAAUACAUUGCCCACCCAGGACUAAGGAAACAGCAUACAAGGCCCUAGUACGCACACAAAAUCUGUUCAUCUGUGUGGGAUCCACCUACAGCUAAAAAACCCAACCUUGGUUGAGAUGGCCCAAAGAGAGCUCAGUGCACGCUGGGUUCUAAAUCGCUUCGACGGCAAAGAUAGUGUAACCGAAAUGCUUUCAACCCUGAAAUGGAAGACACUAAAAACUAGGCGAACCAUAACACGCCCAUCUAUGCCGUAUAAAAUGUGACACAGGCUAGUCUCUCACAAAGAUGCCAAUCUACAAUCCACUGGCCAUUCGUACUCAACUCGUUCCCCAGCAGAGUACUCUGACAGCCAACAGCCAUUAGGGAUUACUACAAGUAUUCCUUCUACCCAAGGACAAUUACAGAAUGAAACAAGCUCCCAAGGGAUAUAG